AUGGAUACACCCGGCAAUGCCACCUACCGGGGUGACCUCAACAAUCCUCUCAACCACUCUCAGGAUAUUCCCGUCGAGCAAAGCACCUCAGUCUUCGUCUCCGGACUCCCGGGCAACUGCCGCCCAACUGACCUCCUUGCCCAAAUUCGGGGCAUGGGCAAACUAUAUGCAUCAAACAUGAUCGCACCGGCGGAUGGGUACGCAACCGCAGCUGCGAAGCUGGUGUUUUGGGACAGAGCAGGCCUCGACAACUUCUGGCGCAAGUGGGAGCAAGACCAAUUUACCGUGCUCGGAGUAAAGCCGCGAGUAGUCAUGAACCGAUUCUACACCACUUCGAAGCCGUAUUCCAUUGCCUCGAGAGCUUUGACCAUCACCGGACCUUCCGAGGUCGUCAACAUCUUCGACCUUUGCUUCCUGUUCCGGGGGAAUUUCGAUUUCAAACUCGAAGAUAUGGUGGAAUCCCAGCAUGGCCAUCAAAGCACAGUCCUUGUGCUUUUUGCCUCGUACCGCUCGCAAGCCAGCGCGGCGUGGAAGGUGGUUAGACAAAUCCAACAGGGAAGAGAGGUCAUGAAGAAGCCACUCACAAUCCAUGGCGAGGAUUUGGAGAAGAUCCCGCUGACUCCGCGCGAGGUCAACCUGUGGCAACACGCCGUCAUGACUUGGGCUGCAGACCCUAGUCAGUAG